AUGUCUGCUAGACGUUCCUCGAGGGCCAAUAAAGGUCAACAUAGCAAAAGAGAAAUAGAUUUCUAUGUGGAUGAAGAAGAAUUGCCAUCUGACAGGAAGAGACUGUUAAAUAAUAGCUCGCAAGAUAAUAAACGGCCGCAUUUGGACCAAGAUGAAGAUGAUGGAGAUUAUAAGGAAGACGGUGAAGAAAAAAGGGAUGACGAUAUAGAGGACGAAGGUGAAGUAAGAUGUACCCCAUGUGGCACGACAAGUGAAAAUUAUGAUGAAGACAGCGACCAGGGAGGUACGAUGAUUGAGUGUGAGUCUUGCAAAACCUGGCAACAUGCCAAGUGCAUGGGCUAUAGGACAUCCAAGACAAUUCCAAAGCAUUACAAAUGUAAUGUUUGUAGUGGACUGAAUAGUAAUAAGUUGGAAAAGGCUAAUGUUGACUCGUCUGCUAUUAGUGAAAAAUUGAAAGAUAAGACCAGGGCAAGCGUGGCAAAGGCUUUCGUUAAUGUUUUCAAGAGGAACAUUCCCGAAUCAUAUAACUUUCCUGAAGGAAUGGAUAACGAAAAAUUAUCGUCCAAAUGGGCCAUUGAAUUGGAAAGAGAGAUUUUUGUUUGGUGUCCUAAAAAGGAUAAGAAAUAUACUGACAAAAGUCGUAGUCUUAUGGUAUUAAUUAAGAAGCCUAAUGUUAUGACUCGUCUAAUCGAUGGUGAGUUAUCGUUUACCAAGUUAGUUAAUUCGUCGCCGGAGGAAAUUGACAGUGAAUUAAAAGAAUACGCCGAAAGAGUGAGGCUGGAAUCAAUUCGUCGUUCAGUUUUAACGGUAGAUGCAAAUCAAGGUCAAAGAAUCAGGAGGACCCACAAAGGUGAAGAAAUAGUUGAGGAUGCUAGUAACCAACAAGAGGAUGUUGAUAUUAGCAUAAUGACAAGGAACAUUGAUCACCGGAGAUUUGAAGAUGGGGAACCUGCAAGAGAAAUAAUAGUUAAUGAUAGUGGUAAGCCAGCCUAUAAUAACUAUAUGGAGGAUGAUGAUGAAGAGGGAGAAGAAGAAGCAGAAGAAAAGCAAAAACAAGGAUCCGAUAAAGAAGGUUCUACAUCGGACGACAAAGAGGGGUUACCUCUGAGUGAUAUUGAUGAUGUUCCCGAUUUAGAUGAUGAUGAAUUAGAUUUCAUUAUUAAGGGAAAGAAAGAAACAAAAGUGGAGACGAAAAAACCACUGAAUAUUAAAUUGCCUCCUAUUUUUUCAUCAAAGAUAUGGUCAGGGCGUAUUACAUUUCCAGAUUUUGCAUCAUUCGGUGCUAGUGGUGAAUUUUAUACUUGUUCGAAUUACAAGAAUCCGACAAACCCACAAGAAGUUAAACUUCAUAAUCGAUACGUCAACAUUUCGAAGGAAAUACUUUCGAAGGACCAUUAUGAAGUUGAGGGGCGAUUGGAUAGAACAAGAGCAGAUGCGUAUUUGGACAAGAUUAUAACGACAAGAGACUUGAUUUUAGUUGAAAUCAAAUGCACUGAAAAUCAAAGUGGAUACGAUAAGUUAUACAGGUAUUUGCUUGAAAGAAAUAAAGUAGGAGUUUUGUCAGGUAGGCCAGCAUUUGUUAAAGAUGCAUAUUUGUUAGGCAUAGAUGGUAAUGAUUUCAACUUACCAGAAUAUUUAAAGUCUCUUCAUAAGAUUGUUGGAAAAGUUGGUUUGUUCGCUUUAUAUAUUGUUAAGAAGGACUAUGUACCCACUGGCCCAAGCAUUCUCAAAAAGUCGACGCCUAACCCUACACAUUAUAACUCACAAUCAUCUAAUACAUCUUCAAAAGAGAAAACUCCAUUAUUGGAUUCAAUUUUAUAUAAGCUUGGUGGAAAUGAUACCAAAAAAGAAAAUAUUCAAAUUCAAACUCCUCAAUAUAAUCCACCAGUCGCACAAAAUGGGUUACCUGCCAGUUUAACCACGGACCAGCUUUCAUACUUAUCAGGGUUGGUUCAACAAAACCCUCAAGUUCAACAAAACCCUCAAGCAUUAAUUCAGUUGUUGCAACAACAAAAGAAUACUGAUUAUUCUCCUUAUCAUUAA